GGGGCGGGGGGGGGGCGGAAUGAAACAGGAGAAAGCAGUUAAUCACGUUUCUGAAUCACGAACUGUAAAUUCUGUCGAUGUUUGGAAAAGGAUGGAGAAAAAAAAAUCCUUCAGAGGACAUCGGCUCUUCUCCAUUCACUUUCUGUCAGGAGCAAGCCACGAACAGGAGGGCUUCGGCAGACAACUGCCAGUGCCCGACUUAUCACGGUGCACCGGAUCCGCAGCCAUGAGACUAGAUCUUCUGUAAAGCUUUGUGGAAGAUAGAUGCGUGUGUUGCAAUGGUGACAUAAAUAUUUAAGAGGACUGGAACAAGUUGUUGAGAAUCUGUUUGUUUUUAAUGCUUGGAACAAUCUAAGGCAAGUAAACAACAUGAGUUUUAUCAUGAAACUUCACAGACAUUUUCAAAGAACAGUUAUUUUGCUGGCCACUUUUUGUAUGGUGAGCAUUGUUAUUUCUGCAUACUACUUGUAUAAUGGCUACAAACAGGAAAAUGAACUUUCUGAAAUCUCUUCAGAAGUGGAAUGUGGUGAUCUUCAACUGUUGCCAUACAAGCUGAUGGAUAUGAAGACCAUGAAGCCUAUCAAUCCCCUGAGAACAGAUCUUGUAGUGCUGGUGUUUGUGGAAAGUCAAUAUUCAACAUUAGGCCAAGAUAUAAUAACCAUUUUAGAAUCCAGCAGAUUUCAGUACCAUAUCGAGAUUGCAUCUGGUAAAGGUGACCUCCCAGUGCUUAUAGACAAAAACAAGGGCAAAUAUGCUCUCAUAGUAUAUGAAAAUAUCUUAAAGUAUGUGAAUAUGGACUCUUGGAAUAGAGGUCUUCUAGAUAAGUACUGUAUAGAAUAUAGUGUAGGUGUUAUUGGAUUUCAUAAAGGCAAUGAGAACAGCUUGAAGAACUUCCAGUUGAAGGGCUUUCCUUUCCAUGUCCACAGCAAUCUGGGUAUUAAGGACUGUUGCAUUAAUCCUCAUUCCCCAUUGCUCCAUGUGACUAAAUCCUCCAAGCUUGAGAAAGGUCCCUUGCUUGGAAAUGACUGGGCAGUUUUCCAGAUUAAUCAUACAGCUUACCAACCAGUGAUAUUUGCAAAAGUAAAGACACCAGAAAACCUUUCACCACCUGCUGCUAAAAGUGCUCUCCAUGCCACAGUAAUUCAUGACCUGGGACUCCACGAUGGGAUUCAACGAGUCCUUUUUGGCAAUAACUUGAAUUUUUGGCUGCACAAACUGAUUUUCAUAGAUGCCAUCUCUUUCCUGUCUGGAAAGAAGCUCAGGCUAUCCUUGGAUAGGUACAUUCUGGUUGACAUAGAUGACAUCUUCGUUGGGAAGGAAGGAACAAGAAUGAACGCCAACGAUGUACAGGCCCUGCUUAACACUCAGAAUCUUUUGAGAGCUCAGAUUACAAAUUUUACUUUCAACCUGGGAUUUUCAGGGAAAUUCUAUCACACAGGCACUGAAGAGGAAGAUGAAGGUGAUGACCUGUUGUUGAGGUCUGUGGAUGAGUUUUGGUGGUUUCCUCAUAUGUGGAGUCACAUGCAGCCUCAUCUUUUCCACAAUGAAUCAUCACUGGUAGAGCAGAUGAUCCUCAACAAAAAAUUUGCCUUAGAACAUGGUAUUCCAACUGACAUGGGCUAUGCAGUGGCUCCACACCACUCUGGAGUCUACCCAGUGCAUGUUCAACUUUAUGAUGCCUGGAAAAAGGUCUGGAAUAUCAGAGUUACCAGCACAGAAGAAUACCCCCAUCUGAAGCCUGCAAGGUAUAGAAGAGGCUUCAUCCACAAAAAUAUCAUGGUGCUUCCUAGGCAAACUUGUGGCUUAUUCACCCACACUAUUUUCUAUAAAGAAUAUCCUGGAGGCCCAAAGGAACUAGACAAAAGUAUUCAAGGUGGGGAAUUGUUCUUCACAGUGGUUCUCAAUCCAAUUAGCAUCUUCAUGACACAUUUGUCAAAUUACGGCAACGAUCGCCUGGGGUUGUACACGUUUGUGAAUCUAGCCAACUUUGUUCAUACGUGGACAAACCUGAAACUGCAAACUCUUCCUCCGGUGCAGCUGGCUCACAAGUAUUUCGAACUAUUCCCUGAGCAAAAGGACCCUCUCUGGCAGAAUCCAUGUGAUGACAAACGGCACAGAGAUAUCUGGUCUAAAGAAAAAUCCUGUGAUCGAUUACCAAAAUUCUUGGUUGUAGGACCACAGAAAACUGGUACCACAGCCUUGUAUUUGUUCCUGAUAAUGCAUCCUUCCAUCAUUAGUAACUCCCCCAGCCCAAAAACCUUUGAGGAGGUACAGUUCUUUAAUAGAAAUAACUACCACAGGGGGAUUGAUUGGUACAUGGAUUUCUUCCCUACUCCUUCCAAUGUCACCACUGACUUCCUCUUUGAGAAAAGUGCCAACUAUUUUCAUUCUGAGGAAGCUCCUAAACGAGCUGCUUCCCUCGUCCCCAAGGCCAAAAUCAUCACCAUCCUCAUUGACCCAUCUGACCGGGCAUAUUCUUGGUAUCAGCAUCAACGAUCACAUGAAGAUCCUGCAGCUCUAAAAUUCAGUUUCUAUCAGGUGAUCACAGCUGGACCUCGAGCCCCUUCUGAGCUUAGAGCUCUCCAAAAGAGAUGCCUAGCACCUGGAUGGUAUGCUACACAUAUUGAAAGAUGGCUAACUUACUUCCCACCUUAUCAGUUGCUAAUUAUUGAUGGACAGCAGCUACGAACUGACCCAUCUACCGUAAUGGAUGAAGUACAGAAAUUUCUGGGAGUCUCUCCUCAUUAUAAUUACUCUGAAGCCCUAACGUUUGAUUCACAUAAAGGUUUCUGGUGUCAGCUUCUGGAAGAAGGAAAAACCAAGUGUCUUGGAAAGAGCAAAGGUAGAAAAUACCCUCCGAUGGAUACUGAGUGCAGGGCUUUUCUGUCAAGCUACUACAGAGAUCACAAUGUGGAACUGUCAAAACUCCUACACAAAUUGGGACAACCUCUGCCAUCGUGGCUGAGACAGGAACUACAGAAAGUAAGAUAGCAUUGAAAAAAAGGCUUUUUGAAAGCUCUUCCACACUUCAGUCAUCCUACCUAAAGUCUCCAGUAGCUACCAGAAGGUCUUGUAAAAUAUAACUCUGCAAAAAAGAGUAAAAUAUAGAAAUUAUUUCCAUAUGCUGGCAUGUGGAUUGUGAAAAUACAUGUGUUUCUUAGACCUCUGGUGGGCCAAAUCUUUCUCAUUAACAUUUCUGGGCCUGUGGACUUGUGGACUACUGUGCACAUAUGUGGAAAUUAAUUGCAGCUGGUAUAAGCUUCAGAGUUACAUGACCUGUCCAAUUUUACAGUAAAUAUCUACAUUUUUAUAUAUCAAUUUAAAAGUAUUGUGUCUCCUGUAGGUUUUGUAGUCCAGUAUUAGACUGCUGACAGUUUUUCUUUGUAUUUGAUUAUUGUGUCUUGCAUAAAAUAAGAAAAUUUAAUGUAGCAUAAAAUGCCAAGUGUACUGCCAUUGGAAUCAGUUUGCUAAUACCUAAAGGAUAUACUAAUAAGGGUGAGAAGUACAGCCAUCAUACAAUAUUUAGGUGUGCACAUCAACAAAACACAUGGAGCAAAAUCUGGAAUCCACAGGCAAAAGCAGUAUAGCAAAAGAAAAAAAAAA